AGAAAAUGCUCGAAUCUCGGACAAGUUCUGCAAUUGUAACAGUUGAGAGCAAACCAUGUGGAAUUCUUACUUCAAAGGAUAUCUUGAUGCGAGUCAUAGCACGAGACCUAUCUCCCGAGUCAACUUUAGUGAACAAGGUCAUGAGUUCUAGUCCAGAAUGUGCAAGUGUUGAUACGCCUAUGUUGGAUGCUUUACGUAGGAUGCAUGCAGGGAAAUUUUUACACAUGCCUGUUGCGGAUAAAGGAAGGGAGUACUGCUGUAGUUAAUGACACUUCAAACACUAUGAUGCAAAGGUUUUGGGAUUCCACUAUGGCAUUAACUCCUAACGAUGAUGAAGAGACACCCAGUGAAGGUUCUUUGAAGUUGGCCUCAGAAGGGCAGGAGACUGGAAUAUCACUUCCAUUUCUUUCGUCAACACUGCCAAAUGCUUUUGCUUUUAAGAUUCACGACGGAAAGGGAAGGAUGCAUAGGUUCACCAGUGGUUUGUCUGAAUAGAUUAAAAAGUCCUCUAACAAAACCAUGGUGUUAUUUUAAGAGUUUUUCUCUAAAGUAUUACUGAAG